AUGUUGGAGAGUAAUUAUACCAUGCCAACUGAGUUUCUUCUUGUUGGAUUCACAGAUUAUUUGCCUCUCAGGGUCACACUCUUCUUGGUAUUUCUUAUAGUCUAUACGCUAACUGUGGUGGGAAAUCUGGGUUUAAUAAUCUUAGUUCAUAUCAAUCCAAGCCUUCAAACCCCCAUGUAUUAUUUUCUUAGCAACCUGUCUUUCUUAGACAUCUGCUAUUCUACCGCGAUCGCUCCUAAAAUGCUGGUGAAUUUUUUAGCAUCCAGGAAAAGCAUCUCUCCCUAUGGCUGUGCACUACAAAUGUUUUUCUUUGGUUGCUUUGCUGAUGCUGAGUGCCUCAUUCUGGCAGCAAUGGCCUACGACCGCUAUGCAGCCAUCUGUAACCCAUUGCUCUAUUCUACCCUUAUGUCGAGGAGAGUCUGUAUCUGCUUCGUUGUGUUGGCAUACUUCAGUGGGAGUAUGACUUCCAUGGUACAUGUCUGCCUCACAUUCAGGCUGUCAUUUUGUGGCUCUAAUAUUGUCAAUCAUUUCUUCUGUGAUAUCCCACCUCUUCUGGCUUUAUCAUGCACGGACAUCCAUAUCAAUGAGCUUCUGCUCUUUGCCUUAUGUGGUUUCAUCCAGACCAGCACUUUUGUGGUCAUAUUUAUCUCUUACUUCUGUAUCCUCAUCACUGUUUUGAGCAUUAAGUCCUCAGGGGGCAGGAGCAAAACGUUCUCCACUUGUACUUCCCAUUUCAUAGCGGUCUCCUUGUUCUACGGAACACUCCUGUUUAUGUACUUACGUCCCACCACUGACUAUUCCCUGGACACUGACAAGGUAGUUGCAGUGUUUUAUACUGUGGUCUUUCCCAUGUUUAACCCAAUAAUAUACAGUUUCAGAAACAGGGAUGUAAAAAAUGCCCUCAAAAAGCUAUUAGAAAGAAACUGGACUUUCAAAUGA